AUGGAAGGAUUAUAUCUUUGUACCUAUAACCGGUUUCCUUCUUUGGCUUACUUUACACUCUUUAUGGCUGUACAUAUGAUAAACGUUGCAUUUAAGUUAUUGCCCAAUGAUGUAAUUCUAACGAGCUUUAUGAAUUCUGCAAGUUGGACUUUUGGUCAAUUCGCAAUCGCAACUUAUAUUGUAGGGAUAUUUAAAUUAAUACCAGAUCUGACACUUUAUCGAGCAACAGCAAAUCGUCUCGACAAAAAAUGUAAACAGACAGCUUUCAUUCCGGGAUACUAUGUUCAAAUACAAGAUCGACGGAUGUAUAUGAUUAGUCACAGUUGUAUCUUGAUUACAUAUAGCAUUGCUAAUUCCGCUUGUGUAUUGUGCUUGUUUAAGUAUGGAAGGUUAUUAGUUGACUUGACUAUAGAAUGCGUUAGAUUGAUAGAUGAAGCAGAUGAUUCUUUGAAAAGUAAACAACUUUCAAAAAAAGCUUUCCUUCAAAAGUUGAAGAUUAUAAACUUUACUUUAACAUUGGCUGUAAGCUGGUCUGCCUUCUCUUGUCUCUUUUGGGCUGUUGGAAUUUUAUUCAUAAAAAAACGUUUGGAUCAGCUCAUCCUGCUAAGUUUGAUAAACCAAAUUGGUUCUUCUAUUAUGAUGAUGUUUGUUAUACUUUAUGGUGAGUUUUAUCCAAAAAGUAUGAAUGAUACUGAAGAGAUAAAAAGUUUUUCCACUUCUUCCUUAACAUGGUCACGAAACUCGGGACAAGCAAUAAGUGAUGAUUUAAACAGCAUUUCUAUACAAGAAUAA